CUCGCCUCCUCCUUAAACGCUGGUCGUGGAGGGGUCCCAUACAACAUAGCAGCCACCUAGCUCCGUCGCGUCCACCAGGAGCAGAUCCUUCCCCAUCCACGGUCAUUGUCGAACAUCAUUCGUGUGCCCAGAGACCAUCCUGAGCCCCCUACCUUGUCUGGGAGCUCCGGAAUGCCUCUCUGAGCAAUCCUACCGGAGUAAUUGGACCAACACGUCCAGAAUCAGCCGCACCAUGGUCAUAUUCUCCACCUCCGACCACACACCUCCGCGCCUCGAUCUCCUGCUCCGGCGAACCUCUGCACCUCGCAUCUUGUCCCUGGGCUUCAACAUGUCCUCCUGAUGCCUCCGCCCCCAACGUCGACAAGCAGCGGAGCCCCGAGCCCUCUUCCCCGCCACGGCAUGCUCUGUCCUCUGCCGCCGCUGCCGAGACGCCGCUACAGUCCACCUCAUCGCAUCCUAGCACGCUUACGUGCUCAAGGAAGAGCUGUGCGAGCUCGCAGCCGGGAUGGAGGCGUCUGGCCCGCCGUUCCUCUGGUCACUGCUCCGGCUUGCCCAUGGCGUGAUUCACCUUCUGAAGCGACCAAAGGAAGAACGCACUGACGGUGCUGGAUGGAAUACCCCGUAGAAGAAAUGUUGCGAAGAAGAUGACCGUCUAGUCAUUGACAGGUGAGGCCCGCGUCUCAUUUGCCACAUCGGUCAGUCAAAGUUUUUGGUCUUCGCCUCAUCAGCCUUACAGAUGGGCCCAACUGGUCAGGUUCGUUGUUUUCGCGACGUUAUCCUACAAUCAGUGCUCCACGUUACACAUUAGUCACAUUUUUAAUGGGUUUUUUUUUUUGCCGUGCGUUGGUGCAAGUGUAUCACUCGUUUUUCUUCUCUUUUUAAAGGAAUAUCACUCGUUCACUUUCUCCGUUCUGCCGUUCACAGCUUCAUUUAACUACUGAAGUGGUCAUUCCGGACUCCGGGUUAUUCCUACUUUAUCAUCUGAUGACCCAAACACCUCAUUUCCCUUGUAUUCCAAAGGAGACAAAACGAAGGAAAGAUGAGAGGAGCAGCAUCAACCAGCCGACGAAAAGGAAAAAAGGAAAACGAAAUAAGAGCAGCCUAUGUGACCUGUAGGACGGCACCGAAGGCCUCAGUCCCAACCACCGCCACCUUCCUCAAUCCCAAAAAUUCGUUGCUUUCCAGACAAGCACGCACAGGUCAAUUUCUUCGAGAAUUUCAGACUUUCAGCAGCAUCAGAUCGAGUACCCCCUCUCACUCUCAGCAGCGGGCAAGGUAGCAUAGCAGCUGGUGGAAGCAUCUCAUCUCAUCUCAUGAUCGAUCCCCUUCUCCACCCUCCCUCCCCCACUUUCACAUUCCCCAACACCUGUAAAGCAGCAGAGCACCAAGCUGCAAGCAGAGACUGUCACAGACAGGAUAGCCACUCAUCUCCUGCCUUCGCUUCUCUCAUCUCCCUCGCCACAAUUCGUCGGACCAGAAACUCAUGCAGAUCCUCUCCCUGCUCUCCCGGUUCUAGAACUUGGCAGGCUCACGAUGCUCUGACGGGACAGAGAUUUGCUCGUCUCAUCUCAUCUCUGUUCCCUGUGAUUCUUCUCCGUCUUCUUGGUCGUCCGGUCAUCUACUGAGCUUCUGUCUUCCAUGGCCGCAAUGUUCAAUCCUCCUCCGGCUCCAAUGGCUCUUGGGCCGCAGCCGACGUGGAUGCCCUACGAGCCGACGAGGGAUUGCUCCCAGGGCCUGUGCAGCAUGUACUGCCCGCAGUGGUGCUACUUCAUCUUCCCGCCCCCGCCGCCGGUUUUCGAUAUCGCCGGGCCCAGCGGCGACGGCGACGGCGACGACUCCUCCGGCCCCGCCUUCUCGCCCCUCGUCAUCGCCAUCAUCGGGGUGCUCGCCAGCGCCUUCCUCCUCGUCAGUUACUACACCAUCAUCUCCAAGUACUGCGGCACCUUCAGUUCCCUGCGGAACAGGCUCUUUGGCUCCGGCGCCGGCCGCGGCGGCGGCGGGGGCGGUGGGGACGGCCGGGGCGAUUCCAGGAGCCAGGAGGAGUGGGAGGUCUCGCCCUCGGACGGGAUGGACGAGACGCUGAUCAGCAAGAUCACCGUGUGCAAGUACAAGCGCGGCGACGGGUUCGUCGACUCCACCGACUGCUCCGUCUGCCUGGGCGAGUUCCAGGACGGCGAGAGCCUGCGGCUGCUGCCCAAGUGCAGCCACGCCUUCCACUUGCCGUGCAUCGACACCUGGCUCAAGUCGCACUCCAAUUGCCCGCUCUGCCGCUGCAACAUCGCAUUCGUCGCCGUCGGCAUGGUUUCCCCGGAGCCGGAGGGCCGUGCUGCGCCACUGGAGGACCGGAGGGGCAGCCACGAAUUCGCUCUGACGAUCGACGACUACUCCUCCGGGCAAGUGCGCGAAGAGCCACAGACCGUGCCGAGCAGCAACGGCGGCGGCAAUCAGGAAGCGAAGGAUCGUCCGGGGAGAUCCGAGGUGGCCAAUGACGCAGUGGUCGAGAUCAGAGAGGACGGCGCCGUCCCGCCGGUCCCGGCCAGUGCGCCGCCUCCGAUGCCGGACACGCAGCGUGAAGCCCGCAUGUCCAUUGCCGACGUGUUGCAGGCCAGCCCAGAAGACGAGCGUACGGUGGGCAGGGAGGGCGGCCUCCUGCAGGCAGGCUCCUCGAGGCGGUGCCACGGGGAGCACAGCAAGGAUGGCGGCGGCCGAGCACCGCCGGAUGCACCGACGAAGAAGCUGCCGCCGGCUGGCAGGUCGUGCUUCAGCGGCAAGGGUGGCGGCAGAGGGAAGGAUUCAGGCCCUCCAGUGUAAUUUGAGGCGAUGAUGUUUCAGACAUUCUUCUUCUUCUUGCAUUAACCAUUAGAACACUUGACCGUGAUGAUACUUUUCCGUCGUGUGCUUCCGGUGGAGAUCACGUCGCCAGCCGAAUGAAAAUCUGGAGAUUUCUUCUUCGUCGUUAUGAUCUCUACUUACGAAUCGACAGCACGCUGCACAAAUCCUCUCUGUGCAACUGCAAUGGCUGCACCUGCUGACUGGUGAGAGAUCCUGCACCUGGUUGGUGAUUGUGCAACUCUGUUAGAUAAAGUGUAUAGGAAAUGAUUUCUUUCUCUUAUUCUUCCAUGUUGCCUCUCCUCUCUUCUCUACACGAUUGGAUUCUGCUCCAGGGCAUUCUCUCUGGAUUAGUGAGUUAACUAUAUCUCAUUAGGCAAAGUACUUUGUUUGCAAUGGGGAGUGUGGCCGUUUCACCUUUUGUCG